GACGACUCCAUCACCUCCAAUGUGACCACCAUCUCUCCCCACCAACCCUCUCAACCCAGUGCCACUGCUUUUCAGUCUCACACCCACAACACCCAACCCCACACCAACCGCUCCCCCGUCUCCUUCAUGCCGCAGAAUGACAUCCUGAGCAGGAAGCCCUCCGGUCGGGGCUCCUCCGAUCUCCAGCGUCGCUCGCGCCACCACUCCCAGGGCUUCUUCGAGCCCUCCCUCCCCACCGCCUCCUCCGACGCCUCGCUCUCCGCCUCCCGCAUCGCCGCCCAGGCCGCCAUGCUCCAGCAACAGCAGCAGCAGCAGCAGCAGCAGCAGUCCUCCGCCCAGAGCUCCCCUCAUCGCCCUCCCACCGUCCGCGGCGUCUCCGACGACAGUCGCCUGGCCCGCGGAGGCAGCGCCUCGCCUCCCCCGCCGCUCCCCGCCCCGUUGUUCGCCCCGCCCACGAAUAGCACAUACCAGAAUGGUGGAGGAGGGGGAGGCCAUACCCAUGUCGCCACCACCGCCGCCAAUGUCGUCUUCCCACGGGCCCCCGCGCUGCAGCCGCCCGGGCUGGAGAUUCCGCAGGAGCGCGAGCACAAGCACAAGGGCGAGAAGUCGAAGAUGAAGCUGUUCUCCAAGCCGAAGCACAUCGGCAUCAGUCGAGAUAAGGACGGGAUCGGCAAGGACCGCGGGCUGCCGUCGCCCAGCAAGAUGGGGUUCCCCGGCGGCGGUCUGUCCCGGAUUGUCAGUGCGUCGACGACCAGUCUGGCCGAUACCUUUCCCUCCAACAACUCGUCUAUGUACAACCUGUCCAAUGCGUCCGUCAGCACGGUCGUCCCGUCCGAUAAGCCUGGGGAGAAGGAGAAGGAGAAGGAGAAGGACAAGCACAAGCACCAUUUCCUGUCCCGCCAGAAGCUCAAGCUGAAGGAUCGGGACGAUCACUACAACCUGCCGCUGUCGUCGGCGUCCAGUAACUCCAAGCCGUCCGACCCGAACGCCCCCCAGUCGCUGUACUCGUUCACGCCGGCGUCGCCCGGGGCGGUGACCACGACGUUCGGCAAGUCGGUCAGCGGGCUGGACCUGCUGCACGGGCUGCGCGAGAAGAAGAAGGAGGAGAAGGCCCAGGCCGAGGAGCAGGUGGAAUGGACGGCCAGCUCGUCGGGCCCGGGGGCGUCGAGCGGGUUCCCGGGGCCAUCGUCGCUGGGCAGCUCGACCGGGAUGCUUGCGGAGGCGGCGCUGCGCGAGACGCUGCAGGGGUUCGGGCUGAACAACAUGACGCCGGAGGAUGCGUGGGACUUCCUCAAGGCCAAGCUGAUGGUGAUCUUCGACGGCGAGGACGUGCGCAUCGCCAUCGAGGACCUCAACAAGCUGGUGCUGAUCCACAUCCAGCGCUGCGUGCAGAAGCGCACCCCCACGGCGGUGGUCGACGACCUGCGCGAGCUGCUAGAGACGGGGUGCGCGUCGCUGAACCACACGCUGAGCGGCAUCCCAGACGAAAAGCUGGUGCCGCACCUGGUGCAGGUGUGGAUGCUGGUAUUCGGCACAAUCCUCCCCUUCAUCCAAGCGGUGUUCCUGCCGCUAGACCUGGAGUUCAAAGGCUGCGGAUCGGUGAUGAACCGCCGCGAGGCCAGCGAGUUCUGGGCGUCGGCCCUGCACGGCGAGUUCCCGGGCUGCGAUCUGGACGUGCGCAACCUGGUGCUGAUUGCCUUCCGCGACAUGGUGAUCCUCUACCGGUACGACAUCCUCAAAGCGACGUUCUCGCGUCUCAGCCUGGACAGCAUCAAGCUGGGCACCUCCCUCAGCGUAACCACCAAGAGCAGCGCCCCCAGCAACCGACCCACCACGUCCGCCUCCCUUGACGGCGGCUUCGGCAGCUACAGCUCGCAGUCGUCCACGCUGCUCAACACCGCCGCCAGCGCCAGCCUGUCGUCCGAAUCCCUGUCCGGCCACAACCGCAGCCGCGCCGCCUCCAACACGUCCUCCAACCCGGACCAGCUGAUCUUCCAGUCCUUCUCGUCCCCGCCGCAGCGCCCCAGCAUCAUCCACCGCUCGUCCCACACGGCGGACACCUCGCACAUCAUCACCGAGACCGUCGGCCGCAUGCUGCAGUGCGUCAGCGUGCUGGCCAGCAUCGAGCUGCUGAGCAAGGAGCUGAAGCACAACUGGCUGGGACGGGGGCGGACAGGCCGGGAUCGUCGAGGGGCGGAUAGCUUUCGAUCGAAGUUGACUGUGGUGUAAUUGGUCUUUUUUUUUGUUUCUGGUUGUUUCGAGCUCUUUGCUUUGUUUCUGGUACUGGUACUGGUACUGGUAUUGGCUACUGGAUAUUGUUUCUGAUCUCGAUAGCUGGUUGUUCGGGUUGUGGUUUAUUGGUAUUGUUUGGUUUGGUUUGGGUUGUCUGUCUGUCUGUCUGAUGAUACCUCGAAUAGCGUUAUGAUAGGAUUAUUUAUGGAUGAUUAUUGAUUG